UGGUUCCCGUGAACUUGUAAAUGAAAACAGCCACGGAAGCUUAAAAAAGAGUUAUGGAAUUCUUAACUCAUUUUAGUAUUAUCCUGAAUAUCAUGGAUGAUUUUGAUGAGUUGAAGAGGUUGUGGUAACCGGGAUAAGAGGCUCAAAGCAAGCCACUCUGAGAGAAGAUUGAGAUGGAGAGGCUAAGAGGAUUCAAGCUGAAGAAGAAAGGAAGAAGAGAGAAGCAAUAAGAACGUUGAACUAGAGUGUGAAAACUGCAAGCUCGAGAAGUAGAAGGGAAAAAAAAAGGGGUAGAUAAUAGCAAUGGUGUGGCUGAGCUUAGGAUAAAAAACAGAAUUGGAGGAAGUACUGAAGAAGAAUUUGGCAACCCUUGAAUUUGUCAAAAAAUUCAAGGUUCUUAUUUUGUAAACAAAUCCACUUUCCUUUCACUUCCUUUGGUGAUGUUUGCGUGCUCUCUUUUUUCUCUCUCACGCAGUUUCUCUCUCUUCUUCUGCUUGAAUCCUCUUUGGCCUUUCCAUCUCAAUCUUCUCUAGAGUGGCCCAAAUCUUAGCUUUGAGUCUCUUAUCCCUGGCCACUACAACCUUUUCAACUCUGUCAUAAUCAUCCAUGAUAUGCAGGACAUUUCUGCUCAAGAGAAGAAAGUUGGGAUCAGUUUCGGUUUUGAGUUAUAAGUCCAUGAGAACUACGCAAAGGUACAAACUUUGGAAGAAAAGGGCUAAGGAGAUAAUGGGUUUCACCAAAGUCACCGGCUUUUCAUCACGCUGAAAAUGGCUGGCAAUGUGGGUAUGAGUAAGAAAGGAAGACCAAAAAGGCUUGUUCUUGAGCAGAAGAGAGAUAGAUUGUGGCCAUACUUGGAAAAGAUGGCUUUACAGUCGCCAGGAAGCAAGUUGGCACUAAGUCAUAAGCAUGAUUGGCUGAUUCUUCUGCUUCUUGCUGCUAUAGAUGGAGUCUUGAAUAUGAUAGAACCUUUUCAUCGCUAUGUUGGGAAAGACAUGAUGACGAACCUUAUGUUUCCAUUCAAAGAAGAUACUAUACCCAUGUGGGCUGUCCCAGUAUGUUAUAGCUCCAUUUUUAUUAAGGAAACAAACUUAACAUUUUUAUUAUUCCUGGAACAGAUCCUCUCUAUUUUCAUCCCCAUUCUUAUCUUUGUUGCGUUUUACUUUGUCAGAAGGGAUAUCUACGAUUUACACCAUGCAAUACUGGGUCUCAUGUUUGCUAGCUUAAUAACUGGAGUAAUCACAGAUGCCAUUAAAGAUGCUGUUGGUAGACCACGGCCAAACUUUUUUGAACGGUGUUUCCCUGACAAAAAACCGGUGUUUGAUAAGGACACUGGUGAUGUUCUUUGUACUGGGAUUAAGGCGGUUAUAAAGGAAGGAUAUAAAAGCUUUCCUAGUGGUCAUACUUCAUGGUCCUUUGCUGGUCUUGGUUUCCUUUCAUGGUAUUUGUCAGGGAAAAUUAGAGUGUUUGAUCGUAGGGGCCAUAUUGGCAAACUAUGCCUGGUCUUGCUUCCUUUACUUAUUGCUGCUCUUGUGGGAGUUACUCGAGUUGAUGAUUACUGGCAUCAUUGGACUGACGUGUUUGCUGGAGGUCUUAUAGGAAUUAUCGUGUCUUCAAUCUGCUAUUUGCUACUCUUUCCCUUUCCUACUUAUCCAGAUGGUUGGGCGCCUUAUGUAUUUUUUCAUAUGAUGGGAGAAAGUGAAUGUACUUCCCAACGAGGAAGUAGAACUCCACAUGUAGGAAGGUUAGAUGAAAUGUCUUUGAGGAUGGAGACAUGGAAAGAUGGACAAGAUAUCAGUGAUUGCUGACUUCUUUUAUGAAUUAACAAGAGAUUAUACUAUUUGCUUCUAAUCUAUAACGAAAUUAAAUGUCAGUUUAGAAACAUUAGGAGUGUAUGUUCAGGUAUACAUCUAAUAGGCAGUUAGGCACCAUUCAAGAUUGCUGCUUCAUUUUGUCGAAUUUUGGAUUAAGAUUCUCGAAGUGAAAGAUCCAUUUCACCUUUUCUAGAGUGUUGAAUUUAUAAUUAUUAGUUAAGAAAUUAAUUAUUUGUAUUGAUAUUAUAC